GGCGCGCGGUGCAUGCCGGGAGUCGCUGUUGCUGGCGGUUGGCGGGAGCGGCUGGAAUGGCGCGGCGGACGGGUUCGGGCGAGUGGCUGGAGGCGGGCCGUGAGGCGCCGAUGAGGCGGCUGCGGGGAGAGCUGGCGGGGAGCAGCGCGACCGCCCGUCCCAGUCAAGAAUAUUGCCAUGGCCAAGUCGCCGAAGAAGACUCUGUCUCGAAAGCCUCACAAGGUUUGCUAAGAGAUCUUGAUGCAGUAAAAAUCUCUCUCCAGAACAAGACACUAGCCUUACAAAGGACCCAGCUUGUGAGUGCCCUGAAAAACCAACUGAAGGAAAACAAUAAUGAAUCACGAGAGAUCAUGAGAACUUUGAAUAGCGUAAUAAUGCGCAGCAGGGCACUAACUGCAUGUCAUCAGGAAGUAUACGAGAAGGAACAGAAGUUGAUUGACUUGAGAAAGAAAAGAUUCUUACUAAAACAAACCGGAGAACAGAAGCAGCUGCAACUGCCUCACUUGAUGAAAAAAGAAGAGGAACAAGAAAGUACGAUAGUGAGCAGAGGUGUGAAGAAGUUACAUGAUAACUUACAAAAAGAAAGAGAAUUAACUGCAAUAAUUCAAACUGUGUUCCAGAUUAUUUUACUGGCAAGCAAUGUGAACUGGGCAGAAGAUCCGUCUUUAAAGGAAGUUGUUCUGAAGCUUGAAAAAAAUGCCUAUCUUCUCUGAGUCAGAUGCCAGCUGGCUGUGGAGCUCUGGUGGGAUGCAGGACCCUGCCUGCUCUGCCCUGGUUGAAACCCCAGCCUUGAAAGUAUAGUUCAGAGGUGACUUCACACUGUGCACUGUGCACCCUAACACUGUUUUCAUUAACUGCAUUUUUGCUUUGUGCUUGAAGAGAAUUGGCUGUGACACCUCGAUCACGCAUUGAAAUACCACCACCAUUCCCUUGAAAAGCAAAUGUGUGCUUUUAACGACCCGAUUGGGACUUAUCUUAACUGAAUUAAAAUAAAACGUUUCAUUUCUAGCACCUAA